AUGGUCUCCCCCGAGCUGCAGCGGCACAUCAACAGUGAGCUCCACUGCGAGGCGGCCAUCCUCAAGGAGAAGAGGAAAGCCUCCGAGAGUAUCAACCUUCUGGCAGGGGCGCCAUCUCCAAAGCUCGAGUCCGGUGUCUCCAGGGCGCAGUCAGAGGGGUUGCGUCACCUGCGCGAACCCAUCGUGAGCUUUGCGGGGGUGCGCCUGGUUGCGCCGCCGAACCAGUGCAACGCGCUGCGCAUCAGCGAGAUAGAGUUCCCCUUCCGCCACCUGGGCCACGCUGCCAGCCAGAUCAGGUCCUUCGAGGUGACGCGCUGGACCAGCGGGUACAUUGGCAGCAGCGCAUCCUGCACCUCGAUUCGAGACCUCGUCGGCUACGCCGUGUUCAUUGCCGACUUGAUUCAUCGCGGUCUGGUUUGCCUUGGCAAGAGACGCCCACACACUGUGGGAAUCUUUUUUGUCUGGAAGUCCGACGCGGCGCGGCUCCGGGUGAUCCUUGACGCCCGACGGGUGAACUCGAAGUUUGUUGAGCCAGCGCACUAUCAAUUUGCUGCGGCCUCAGCUUGGAGUUCCAUGAAGGAGGGCCCCACCUUCGAGCGGAACAUGGCCCAGGCCGACGACCUGCUGAUCCGCGACCGCCACCAGGCGCCGAACCUUGACUCUCACUCGCUCGGCAUCGGCGUCUACGCGGAUAACGUCGCUGUGGUCAGCCAGGACCCCGCCGUCGUUGUUCGGACCUGCGAACAGAUUGUCUUGCGGAUGGGUAGUGUCGGCCUCAUUUGCGAGGGCGUUAGCGAGCCCUCUGACGAACAGACUGAGCUGCGCCAGGCGGCCCCCUUGCCCCCCUUCGCUUUCGCCAACUGCCGGAGGUUUGACGACCCAGUGGUCAUAGCCACUGACGCCUCUGGGGCCGGCUUCGUGGAUCACGGAGGUUUGGGAGUCACCGAGCUGGAGAGGGGCCCGUUGGCUGUCGAGCUCGCGAUCUCCCAGGGAGAACGGUGGAGGUACAGCGCGAGCUCCGCCAUCGCGGCGCGCGGCCGCUCUGGGCUUGCUGUCCGAGCUCGUCGUGGCACGACCGACUUCGCGGCCAUCCCGCGCGACAUGAUCGGGGACAAGCGCGCUUGGAAGGCGUUCUUCAGUGGCCGCUUCAGGCGAAUUGAGGACGUCGUGACCCUGGAGGUUGACCAGGUCCUCUUGCGGGCGCGGGCCAACGGCGCGGCCGCCGGCCUCAGCGGGCUCGGCGACUACCUCGUCGACGAUCCUGCUCCUGGCGGCGAGGUUCACGGUUUCAAGACGGGCGCGGCGGGCCAGGUGGGCCCCACGGCGCUGCAGUUCGAGAAGGUUGAUGCGCUGUUCUUCGCGGGGCACAACCACGACCGCGCCGACAAGCUCUACGCCGCCGUCAAGCACGUCCUUCCGAAGGCCGGCCUCGGCGACCACAGCAAGAUGGCGGCCGCGCUGGUCGCCGCGAAGGGGUGCCCGCGCCUGGGGCGCGGGCAGGCCCGGGCCCCGCUUGCGAAGCCGCCGGUCUUCGCCGCGAUCGGCUUGGCGGAGAGGUGGGGCUGGCGCGACGUGGACGCCGCGUUGUGCUUGAGCUGGGGCGCCUACUUUCACGACCUGCUGAAGCUCGCGGGGGCACCCCUCGUGCCGCCAGUCUGGGUCGGGGGGCAGGCUCUCCCAGCCGCGGGGGCCUGGGCUCUUCUCCUUAACCCCGAGGAGCAGCCCCUGCGGAGCAAGGCGCGGCCGUUCGACGAGAGCGCCGCGCUGACCCCAGCGAUGUCGGCCGUCAUCGGCCAGCGCCUGCAGCAGCUCAAGGACAGGGCCGGGCCCGAGGGGCGCGCGUGGGACCUGUCGUCGCACGAGUUCGGCAGGCAGUUCCGCGCGCUCUUCCGGGCACUGGGCCGCGACAGCGCGCGCCCGUACCAGGUGCGCCACGGGGCGGCGAGCUGCGACAUGGCGGAGGGCCGCCGCGGGCUGGUGGACAUCCAGCACCGCCUCCGGCACGCCACCGACCAGUCCAGCAGGAGGUGUGGGAAGCACGCCAGGUGCCCGGCAGAGCUGGCCGCGGCCCCCACGCCCAUCCUCGUGCACGGGCAGCAGGUGGCCGACAGGCUGGCGGAGGUGAUCGCGGGGAAGUGCCAGCCGGCAUUGCCCGCAAGUCUUCAGACUGCCACCUCUCCCGUGCCCAGGCGCAAGCGGAACGGGCGGCAGGUGCGCAGCCUCAGCCUCUGGAGCCACAGCGCCACCCCGCGCACGCCGCGGCAGCCGCUGCUCGACGGCAGCCCCUCCGCGGGCACGCCGCCGCGCUCGCGCACGGGCGGCGGGAGCCCCGCGGACUUCUCGUCGCCGGGUGGCUCCAGCGGCGCGGGCGGCGAGGUCGCGGACGCGGGCGUGGCGGCCCGCGGGGGCGAGUCGCUGCGGGACCAGCUGCUCUCCGGCGCCUUCGCGGAGCUGUCCGUUGUCUUCAUCGUCAAUAGCCUCUUCUACAACCUGUUCCUCGGCAACAUGCAGGUCGAGGCGCAGGCCGCCCUGCUCGCCGGCCCCGCCGGCCUCUCCGCGGGCACGCCAGAGGAGACAGCCGGGGCGGCCGCGGGCGAGGUCUCCACCUACCUGAGGUUUAGCCCGCUGAGCGUCUUCCUCAACCCCGUGCUCGGCUACUGCAUCGACCGGUAUGGCUUCUCGCCGGUCGUGGCUCUGAUGUUCUCCUCGGGAGUGUGCCACGCGACGGCGCUAUGGCUUGGUGCGUUCGCCCCGGCCGUCGUGGCGUUUUCUAUUUUCGCGAACAGCAAUUUUGCUUACAUGUUCUCCUACUUGGCCUUUGAGUUUGGCUUCAACUACUACGGCUUGCUGGCCGGUGUGAUCCAGGUCCGAGGCUACAAGGCGAUGAGCGCCACGCUGGCAAUGAUCGCCAGCGGCGACUGGCCCAGGUAUCAGCAGCCAGCGGCACUCUGCUACGACUCCGCCGCUGCUGUCGACGAAUACACCCAGGACGGCGAGCGUUAG